UCUGCGUCCUAUUGCAAGGUGGUAAAUGAACAAAAUUUGAUAACAAGCAUUAACAACCGGUUUUUUUAACCACCUUGGAUCAUAUUUGGCUGGAACCUGUUUCGUUAGAGCCACACCGAUGUUUAAGAUGACCGGAAAACCCCAACAGAGGCACUGCACCGUUUGUUGUUUGUUUCAAGAUUAAAUAUAGUGAGUUGUUUACUUUCUCAGAAGCUCUUAUUAGUUCUGUAGGUUGAAAUCCAACCAUUUACCGCAACAACACAGGCUGGCAGUGCAUUUAUUUCACAAGCUUUGACAACUUCAAAUGCAAAUUUCACAUCAGAUUGUCUAGUCGUCUUCAGCAGAAAUACCGUACACCACCGAUUGUGGUCGUCGACGACGUGUACCCAUUACAGCAUUUGAAAUUUCAUCAUAAUAAAGCACUCCUUGUCGUAUUACUUGUACGCCGAUUUCAAGGAUGCAUUCGUAGUAUACAGAACCUCUCUUAAUACAACAAUUGUAGGGCCAUACAUCUGUUUGAAAUAGAGGCAUACUAAAUCCUUGAAUUUUUUAAUGUAAUUUGGCUGAAUGUUACUGCCGGACUCGAGAGGAGCAUAUGCCAAAGCCAGCUCAUUUCGGGAUCCGUUGGUUCUGCUGCACUGUGAAUCUUGCUAACACAGCUGCUUAUACAAUGGCUUACAGAAGAGCUGUAAACCUUCUUCCCAGAGGAAAGGAGUGUGUCUUUAAUCUGUGGAUACCUCGAUUUCAAAGAUCACCAAAUGUCACCAGCCAGACUGUUAGAUUUCAUGGACACGCCAAUAAUCACUGUGGCAGAACUACAAGAAGUCUUCACACCUGCACACCACUGAUGGUAGCCAAGUUACUGUCGGUGGAGGAGCUUUUUGCCAAGAAGUCGCUGCAGGAAUACCUGAAGAAGAUGGAGACAGAUUACAGCCAAAGUUUGAGAGUAGUCAACAGCAGUGUGACAGAGGAGCAGUUCAGUGAGGAUGAAGUGAGGGCCAAGAGGACCAAAAUGUCCCUGCUGGAUCCUCUUAUCCAGAGCAUCAAAGAGCUUGACAGCAAACAAAAAGAGCUUGCUGAGACCAACACACUCCUGAAAGAUGAAGACCCAGCCCUGCGAGAACUGGCAGAGCUGGAACGAGACAGCUGUUUGCAAGAUAUUCAAGAUCUUAGUCAAAAGAUCCUAGAUCUGUUGAUCCCUGAGGAGGAGGCAGAUCUGAGUGACCUCAUCCUGGAGGUUACAGCCGGUAUCGGAGGGCAAGAGGCCAUGCUGUUCACUUCUGAGGUGUUUGACAUGUACCAGGGCUACGCUCAACACCAUGGCUGGUCCUUUGACAUCCUGGAGUACAUGACCAGCGAAAUAGGUGGACUGCGUCACGCCUCGGCCAGCAUCAGCGGCCCUCAGAGCUACAAGAGGAUGAAGUUUGAAGCUGGAGUCCAUCGAGUUCAGAGGGUUCCCAAGACUGAAAAACAGGGCAGAAUGCACACCAGCACCAUGACUGUGGCUGUACUGCCCCAACCCACUGAGAUCUCUUUCACGAUAAACCCGAAGGACCUGAGGAUAGACACGAUGAGAGCGAGUGGCGCUGGAGGUCAACAUGUCAACACCACAGACAGUGCAGUCAGAAUAGUCCAUCUGCCUACAGGUGUGGUUGCAGAGUGCCAGCAGGAACGGUCCCAGCUGAAGAACAAGGAGAAAGCCAUGAAGGCUCUGAGAGCAAAACUGUACAGCAUGAAGCUAGAAGAGGAGACCAGCAAACGCUACAACCAGCGUAAAAUACAGAUUGGAACCAAAGGCAGAUCAGAGAAGAUUCGAACCUACAAUUUCGCCCAGGACCGUGUAACAGACCACCGGAUCACCAUGACGGUGCACGACAUCAAGAGCUUCCUGCUGGGAGAGGAUCUGCUGGACGAGAUGAAUUCCUCGCUACAGGAGUUCUCCAACCAGGAGACCCUCAUGGAACUGCUCGGAGAAAACAGCCAGGAGGGCUCAUGAGUUCUGGUUCUGAGGAACAUGGAUUCUGAUGGAGUGGAAACUGCUUGUUACGUUAUAAGACUUCCAUACUCAUGACAUAAAGGUGUCAAAUAAAAUGACUCAACUGGUUCCAAGUAUUUAAUCAGUAACAAUAUGUUAUUCAUCAAAUCAGUGGUGUAUGUGUGUUGUCCAACCUUGAAGAGCUGCAAACCUUCAAACAUCUUAUUUCAAAACAAUGGGCUUCAAUCUGCUGCUAUAACAGCCUCCACUCCUCUGGGAAGGAAAGAUUAAGGAACCUGGCUGCAGGGAUUUGCUCGCAGCCACAAGAGCAGUAGUGACGUUGAGUGAUAAGGACUGGAUCGCAUUCGGCUUCCAGUUUGUCCUGAAGGUGUUGGGUGUGAUUGAAUUUAUGGCUUUGUGGUGGCCAGUCUAAUUGUUUGGGUGGUUUUAUGCAGAGGGGCAUUCUCAUUGUCAUGUUCAAACAGGAAAUGGCAAAAUUGGAAGCACGCUAAUGACUCAAUUACCAUAUAUGGCUGCAACGAACUAGUAUUUUUUAUGAUAGACACAGAAUAUUUUCUUGAAUUCUCAAAUCAUAGUUUGGUCUUUAACAAAAAUUAGAAAGCAGUAUAUAAUAAAUGCUCACAAAGCCAAAGUUGACUUAUUCAAGUUGCCUGUUCACCGAAACAACAGCCUACCACUCAGAGGUGAUCAGUUUACUGCUGUAGAAGACAAAUAAAACCAGCAAACAUAUGAUGAGCUGGAACCAUUAAUUUUUUUGUUUGUGUGUUUUUGCUUUAAAAAAAUGACUCAAGCAAUUAUUCAAUUAGGAAAAUUGUCAUUGAUUAAUUUUCUGUCAAACAAAUAAUCGAUUAAUAGACAAAUAAUUUCAACUCUAAUAUCAUUGUAUGUGUAGCAUUACA